AUGAAUGCUCAAUAUAUUGCAAGACGUGGUAGAUCUCGAAGUCAUCAUGAUGAGAUUAGUCUGGAGCAUUAUUAUCGAGUGGAUAUAUUUCUUGCAACAAUUGAUUAUCAAUUGCAAGAGUUACAUAGCAGGUUUAAUGAUCAUACCGUGGAAUUGCUUAUUUUGAGCACUGCUUUAGAUCCUAGAAAUGGAUUUAUGCUAUUCAAGAUUGAUGAUUUUUGUAAACUUGCAGAGAAGUUCUAUCCGAAUGAUUUUAUGGAGCAAGAACUAGUACGUCUAAGAAUAGAACUUCAACAUUUUGAACUCGACAUUCCAAAUCAUCCUGAAUUGCAGGAAUUAUCUGGUAUUAAUGAGUUAUGUCAAGGCUUGGUGAAGACAAGAAAAUCAGUGAUAUAUCAUGUUAUUGAUAGAUUGAUUAGACUUGAUCUUACUCUUCCUGUAUCAACUGCAACUUCAGAGUGGGCAUUUUCAAUUAUGAAAAAAUCAAGACAAAGCUCCAAAAUAAGAUGGAAGAUAAUUUCUUGA